UCACUCUCUCUGUGACUCUCAUGCUGCGCAGCGCUGCCUCCUUUUAACCCCUGCCAUCGUCCUCUGCUCGCCCAUCAUCUUCCAUUUUUUUCUUUAAUUCUCCUAAACAAUCGUUUUUAACUAUUUCCUCCGUUUUAUCCCGCUUGUUGCCGCUCUACGUUUUGUUUUUUUUCUUUACUGCAUCGGACAGAUGGAGGACUACCACAAACCGGACCAGCAGACGGUGCAGGCGCUCAGGAACAUCGCCACCCGGCUCCGGAUCAACUCCAUCAAGGCGACGACUGCAGCAGGCAGCGGCCAUCCCACAUCAUGUUGCAGCGUGGCAGAGAUCAUGUCUGUUCUCUUCUUUCAUACCAUGAAGUAUCGACCUGAAGACCCCCGUAACCCCAACAAUGAUAGGUUCAUCCUCUCCAAGGGUCAUGCAGCUCCUGUGCUGUAUGCUGUCUGGGCAGAGGUCGGCUACCUGAAGGAGAACGAGCUUUUGAACCUCCGUAAAGUCGACUCCAUCCUGGAAGGACACCCUGUGCCGAAGCAGCAGUUUGUCGAUGUGGCCACUGGAUCUCUGGGUCAGGGACUGGGAGCCGCUUGUGGAAUGGCCUACACUGGAAAAUACUUUGACAAGGCCAGCUAUAGGGUGUUCUGCCUGCUAGGUGACGGAGAGCUGUCGGAGGGUGCGGUGUGGGAGGCAAUGGCCUUCGCCUCCUUCUAUCAGCUGGACAACCUGGUGGCCAUAUUGGACAUUAACCGGCUGGGCCAGAGCGACCCAACUCCAUUGCAGCACCAUGUGGAGAAGUAUCAGCGGCGCUGUGAGGCCUUUGGCUGGCAUUCUAUUAUUGUGGAUGGUCACAGUGUGGAGGAGCUGUGUAAGGUGCUGAGUCAACCCCGCCACCAACCUCUCGCCGUCAUUGCCAAAACCAUCAAGGGCAAAGGCAUCCCAGCGGCUGAGGAUAAGAUGGGCUGGCACGGAAAGCCUGUGCCCAAAGAUAUGUCGGAUGUCGUGAUCAGGGAGCUGCAGAGCCGCACCAUCAGCUGCAACAAGCGCCUCUAUCCUGCUCCGCCCAUUGAGGACACCUCAUCUGUCAGCCUCCGCAACAUUCGCAUGCCAAGCGCGCCCAACUACAAACCUGGAGACAAGAUUGCUACAAGAAAGGCAUAUGGCAUGGCUUUGGCCAAACUGGGCCGUUACAAUGAACGAGUGGUCGUCCUUGAUGGAGAUACGAAGAACUCCACCUUCUCUGAGCUCUUCAAAAAUGAGCACCCCAACCACUACGUGGAGUGCUACAUUGCAGAGCAGAACAUGGUGAGCGUGGCGAUUGGCUGUGCCGUCCGGGACCGCAACGUGGUGUUCGCCAGCACCUUCGCCACAUUCUUCACCCGAGCCUAUGACCAGCUUCGGAUGGCCGCCAUCUCUGAGAGCAACAUCAACCUUUGUGGCUCCCACUGUGGUGUUUCCAUCGGUGAAGACGGACCCUCUCAGAUGGGCCUGGAGGAUCUGGCCAUGUUUAGAGCUAUUCCCACUUCAACCAUCUUUUACCCAAGCGAUGGGGUCUCCACGGAGAAGGCUGUGGAGCUUGCAGCCAUCACAAAGGGUUUGUGUUUCAUCCGAACAAGUCGCCCAGAGAACAACAUCAUUUACAACUGCAAUGAAGACUUCCAUGUUGGUCAGGCUAAGGUUGUCUUUAAAAGCAAUGAUGACCAUGUGACCGUGGUUGGAGCAGGAGUGACCCUCCAUGAGGCUCUGGCUGCAGCAGAAAUGCUGAAAAAAGAGAGAAUCAACGUUCGUGUGAUCGACCCGUUCACCAUCAAACCCCUGGACUCCAAGACUAUCAUCGACAGCGCCAGGGCCACCAGAGGACGCAUCGUCACAGUGGAAGACCACUAUUAUGAAGGUGGGCUUGGCGAGGCCGUGUGCUCGGUGGUGGUAAACGAGCCCGGAUUCACCGUUCACCGCCUGGCGGUCUCCCAGGUGCCCCGCAGUGGCAAACCCCACGAGCUGCUGCGGAUCUUUGGCAUUGAUCGUGACGGCAUCGCCCAGUCGGUGCGUAAGCUGCUCAGCAGCUCUGCCAACGCCAAGUAAGGAUGACUCGAGGAGACACAGCAGCAGGAGCAACAUGGGAAUGGACACUCUUGUUAACCUUUGAUCAACAUGGAAGCAACAAAUGAACCCACACAGAAGGAAGGGUGGCCCCUUGGGGUCUCUCACACUCUCCAAUGAGCAAACAAAACAUUUUUGUUAGUAAAGAGGUCCGCUGCAGAUUUUUACUCCAUCAGUUGGAGUCUGUUAAACCUUCCUCCUCCUCUUCACUCACAGAUAUUCACUCCUUCACCCUGUAGUUCCCUUCUACCUCUACAAUGAAUGUGCUGGUGCUGCUGUAGUGUUUCAGUAUAAAGCAGUAAAGGUGUUUGGAGUCCUGUAUUUUUAUACUGUAUAUCAUGUCUGUGGAGCCUCUCUCACUCGUCAGGCUCAGUGUGUUUUCCGCCUGGUGUGACCCUGUAGAUCCCACCACACAGCAGGGUGGGAGAAACCUCGGGUUUGAUCUGUUUAAGCACUGACUGUUUUUACCUCUUUUGGCUCUUGACUUUGGUUGGGACUGCUUCACACAAAUAAAGGAAUGGUUCCUUCACA